AUUGUUUGUUUUAGCGGAAAUCUGAUUUGUCUACCGAAUUAAUGGCGCAUUUUGGUUAAAAAUAGAUGGACCUAUUUUUUUCCAGUGUAUUGGCGCCGCCUCCCAGAUCUGCGCGUAAAGACGCAUUAAGAAGUGGCACAGUGACUGAUAAUCCAGACAGGAGGUGCGUUUAGUCACAGCACAGUCUUUCAUUGAUGUGGGACAGUGAGCCGUAGGGCGACUGGAGGCUGGAUGGACAACAUGUCUCCACAGCAGCAACAGGACAGCCUCUGCCGAGGCGAUGAACAGCAAGAAAACAAACAGCGGAUGAAGUCUCAGAGUUGUCGGCGCCAGUCCGCCCCGUCUCUGGUCAUCACUAAGGCUCUCAUCAGGUCCAAAACUCUCUCCAGAGAGAGCUUCAUGGUUCCUGUGUGCCCAGAGACCUGCUCAUUGGUCAAGUCCUUCCUCACCGGCUCUGAUAGGUCAUUUCUUCUCCACGGACAUGCUCAGUUGAAGACCGGGAUGCAGACUCAGGACAGACACCUCUUCCUGUUCAGCGACAUACUGGUGAUCGCCAAAGCCAAAUCAGCCAAUCACUUCAAGCAGAAGGCCCAGGUGUGUGUGUGUGAGAUGUGGACGGCGGGCUGCAUGGACGAGGUGUGUGAGGGAAGCACAAACCCAGAGAGGAGCUUUGUUAUGGGCUGGCCUACCUGUAACUGUGUUGCUUUGUUUAGCUCCGCAGAACAGAAAGAGAAAUGGCUUUCCCUCCUCAAAAGUCGCAUUAAAGAAGAGAAAGAGAAGGAAGAACCUAAAACCAUUCCUCUGAGAGUGUACGGGAAGGGAAUCAAUACUUUUGCUGUUACCAAGACGCUUCCUGUCAGCAACUCCGAUUCAACCAAUGAGGUGGUCCGACUGGCCCUGCAGCAGUUCAGCAUCAUAGGAAAUGUGAAGGACUUCGAGCUGUGGGUCAUCUCCAAGAGGGACAACACCCCCUAUCCUCUAAUUGGUCAUGAGUUUCCUUUCAGUAUCCAGAUGAGUCAUGUGAGACACACAAUGUCUCAGGGAGGUGGCGGAGACAGACAGAGGGCCAUGCAGGUGGAGCAGAUGCAGGUGUACAAGCAGUGCCAGUUCAUAAUGAAGCCUAGAGUCGUUGAAGCACUGCAUGUUUCUCCAGAGUGUUCUCAGAAGCCAUUUAAAAGGAGGCGUUCGCUCAUCACCUGGGCCUUCUGGCGAGGUUCCUCCUCCCACCUGAAUGAACUGCCCCUCGCCGGCGUGGCCCGCGGCUGCCUGUUCAACCAGCCGCUCAGCUCCAUUUGUGUAGAGGAUGCUCUGCCAAAGCCAGUUCUGGACAUGAUGGUGUUUCUGUAUCACGAGGGUUCCUGGACGCGGGGGAUCUUCCGUCGGCCGGCAGGGGCUCGGGCUGUCAGGGAGCUACGGGACUCUCUGGACAGUGGCGAGUUUCAACUUCCUCUGACUAGAGAGCACAUCUUUAUCAUUGCUGGAGUCUUUAAGGAUUUCUUGCGCAGCAUCCCAAGCAGCUUGUUGGGUUGUGAGCUGCAUGAAGAAUGGAUGGACGUGCUGGAGGAAGAGGAGGAGGAGGAAGAACAACUAGAGGACGUAAAGAGGAUGAUUUGUCGCCUGCCCAAAGAAAACGCCCUGCUGCUUCGCUACCUGUUGGCCAUGCUGCACGGUAUCGAGGGCAACGCCCACGAGAACCAGAUGACAAGUUACAAUUUAUCAGUUUGCAUUGCUCCCAGCAUGCUUUGGCCUCCUGGAGUGCCUUGUAGUCCAGAGGUAGAGGGAGAAGGAACUAAGAAGGUUUGUGGGCUGGUAAAGUUUAUGAUUGAACACUGUCAGCAGAUUCUGGGAGAGGAUCCCUCCUCCCUGUUUGGAGGGCAGCCACACAGACUCAACGCUGACGAGAUGGGAUCAGACUCGUGGCUGUACCCUCAUACAGACUCAUCCUACGACAGUCUAGAGAACGAGUUGGACAACAUCAGCGGGGGCUCACCGGGCUUCUGUAGCAGAGGGCACACCAGAACCAAACCACUACAAGGCAGCCUGGACUCCAUCCUCACAUUCAGCGACUACGACCCAGACACAGACCCAGACUUACACCAGACCCAAACUGACAGCCCAGAGUGUCUGAAGUUACACCCACUGGGGAGAGCCAGAGGACGGAGACAGGAGGCACUGACUGUAGACACCUCCACCCUGGACUCCCUGUCCCCGGAUGGUCGGCACACACAGCGGCGGCGCUCAGAGCCGGCUAUAGCCUAUGUGCCCAAGUUCCGGCCGUGGGUUUCAGGGAGUACUGAUGGUCUCUCUGGCGAGGAUGAAGAUGAUGAAGAAGAAGAAGAACUCUCCAAGAAGCCGAGCAUCCACAGACUCACUUGCACGCACUCCAGAGGUCAGACCUGGAGGGGUGGAGUUGAGCCCGCAUUAACCUUGCAUGGAGCUCAGGAAGUGAGUUUCCCCUGCCUCUCCUCCACCGCCACCUCUCCUGCACAAACCCGCUCCUCCCUGGACUCCUUGCCCUCCCUCAGCAGUGACCACACCUGGGCGACCAGACAGGGGCUUCAGCCAGCCAAGGCACAUCUGCCCUUCAGCACGCCCCUUUUAUCUGUUCCCUCCUCUGGCCCCUCCACACCUCUAACCAUUAGCUCUGCUCUGACCUCUGGUGGACAUCCAGACCUGGAAACAUGUCCAAAAGGCUCCCCACCCAAAGACGCACUCAACUGGGGGACCUUAAAAGGCUACAGGGGCCUCCACCCAAACUCUUGGCUGAAGAAAGGCCGGAGGCUGUCACUAACCCAACAAGACAACUUGGAGAAAGAAGAUGAGGACAAGAGUGGGGGAGACCCCAGUGAUAAGUCGCUCCAACUUGGGAAACCUGUCCCAGUGAAAAGAAAUGCAGGCAAAAGGGGAGGAGCAAAACCGACCUCCAGCCAACAGAAGCCCAAAACCAUCCACAGAGCCUCAAAAGAUGCAGCCGGAGGAGGAGGGAGCCAUGUAAAGGGGAGGCCUGGCCUGGACUCCCACAAGCCCCAGCAUCCUAACCAGGACUUAUCCAGCCCCCCUUCCCACCACCGCUCUACAGGGAGUCUCCAAUUUCCCAAGCCCCCCUGGUUCAACACCACCCAUGCCCAUACAGGAGGUGACAGCACCAACCACAGCAGCGCAGCUGAAAGGGAAGCCAACGAGCUGAAGCAGCCUUCGCUGUCUUUAUUCUUCAAGCAGAGUGGUCCGUCUCUGUCCCUGUUCAAGCAACACAAGUCCCACUCAGUGGAGGAGGGAUGCAACGCCCGGCUCUACAAGCGCCGGGGCUCAGAGCCCGGACGGCAGGUUGUGGACCGAGCCUCCACCAUGACACGGGCCAGGCUGCCCAGCGACCCAGGACUGAAGUUCUUGGAGGUGGAUACGCAGGGAGGGACACCAGAAGCUCGGUUCUGCCUCUCCCCCUUUGCCACCAAAGCAGUGAGGGAUUACUUCUCCUCUCACCCGCGCAGUAACCCCCAGAGCAGCCAGCAGGUGACGCUCGCUCUGCUGGAGAGUCGCAAGGAAUGGCUGGAGAGGUGCAGCGAUCCUGCAGCAGAACCAGACUUAGACCAGCUUCUGUUUGCUGAAGAAUCUUAUGUCUGAGUAGGACUGGAGCAGAACUGGAGCAGAACUGGAUUAGAUGAAUUCAACAAUACAAAUCACUUAACUUAAACACACACUAAAAAAGAAAAACAAAAUGGUUAUUAUGCUCGGCACCUUAAAUGCAUGACUGCUUUUUAGUGUUUCAUCAGACUCUUAACUCGUUGACCUCUCCCAUCCGAUACAUUUUGCCUGAGUCUGUGACAGGACUGAACAUUUAUUUAAUUUGCUUUGGUAGUAAAAACAAGCUUUCAAGCAAA